AAGCUUGUCAUUGGAGUGAUCCACAUGGUCCUGCAGUGUAUCGACACAAGGACGGGAGCGACGGUACAAUCUGUGUAGCCUCUUAUCAUAUGCAUAAUUCGUUCGCUACGUGUUACGCCUCCAUGUGUGUUCUCAGAGACAUGUAAUUAUCAUGAUAAAAUAAAACGCUACUUCGUUUACUUUAGGUGAGAGGCGUAGCUAGGGCUAGAGCUGCCCCCCGGGCCAGGCAAAGAUUUUAUUAGCCGCCUCCACGCAAAAAAACAAAACAAAAAACCUGCUUAUUGUUGGCCGAAAAAUGCCGCCCCUUCAUAAUACAGAAAAUAUCCGCCCGGCGUAGAUCGCCUCCCCUUCUAGGCUUGCCUUUUUCAGUGUUUGGUACUAAGACUAUCUGCGCUUGAGUCACCUUUUGCCCGGCUUCCAGUUACAACGUUUGAUGUUGAUAAACUCUUGUCAGUUUCUGCCAUUAAAAAAAAAAAAUUCUGACUCAUCCACUGCAAACAACCUUUACUUAGACCCGUCACGUAACUCUUGGAGGCUCCCUGCCACUUUUCGGUGUUGUGCCAGCUUCAUUCAAAGUUGACAGUUUACUUGGCGUCGGUAGUUAAGGUAUACUUAAAAGUGAACACCAGUGACAAUAAAAGAUACAAUUUUCAAAUUAUUUAAUGGUUCGCUCGGUUGGAACCUUGGCGUUAAAAUUUCUUAGAACUUGUCUAAUAAUUUUUAAACCUGUAAUGAUCCUUGUUUCAGGCAACACAUCUUCGCUCAGUCUGGAUCAGGCACGUCAGUGAGUUCAUGCCACAGUUUCAUACGAAUCUUACGUUCCAUGUCAAGGAGGUAAAGAGACAUUACGUUCGCAAAAUCUGCAUUUCUUUCGUCUUACCAUUAGCUAUGGGACAAAAAUUAAAUUUAAACUCGACGACUAAUUUAACUAAAGAUAAUAAAUGAAGGACUGCGUUCAAGCUGUGUGCAGGAAAUAGUAGGACAAAGUACGCGGAAGCCUAAAUCCAAAGACAAGACAAAAUAAGAUAAGAACGUUUCGGCUAAGAGACCUCCUCAGCGUACCGGGCAGAUAAAAAUACGCAAAAAAAAAAUAGAAAAUAGUUUCUAAAAACGUAUUGUUAUUGCUGAAAGUUCGAUUUUCCAAAAUCAAGAUUACAGGUUAUUUAACCAUAGGUUUUAUUUUGAUAAUAAUAAGUAGAUGUGCUCACGGUGGCAGAAAUAAGAGUUUCUAAGUACAUUAGUGCAUUUUCGUACCAUGGAAAUAUUUAGAAUUUUGUUUCCUCAUUGUUUAUAAAGUUCAUGUCCUCAUUGGCGACCGCAGCUUUUCUUUAGCGAAACACGAUUUUCAUUAGCAUGCAGUGACUAUAGUUUAUAGUCUGUAUAUUUCCUAUUAUUUUCUAAUCGCAGAACACUAACAUUGGUUUGCAAGUGAUUGAUUUAAAACAGUAUAUUGAUGACGAAGAUGUUCCCAACAUUAUACAAACAACGGAUAUAAAUCGUUGCAUUGAAAAUGUGUACACCGGUCAAAAGGCAAGUCUAUUGUAACGUUUCAUGUCAUGUGUAAACCGGUCAAGAGUCAAGUCUAUUCUAACGUUUCAUGUCAUGUGUAAACCGGUCAAGAGUCAAGUCUAUUCUAACGUUUCAUGUCAUGUGUACACCGGUCAAGAGUCAAGUCUAUUCUAACGUUUCAUGUCAUGUGUACACCGGUCAAGAGUCGAGUCUAUUGUAACGUUUCAUGUCAUGUGUAAACCGGUCAAGAGUCAAGUCUAUUCUAACCUUUCAUGUCAUGUGUACACCGGUCAAAAGGCAAGUCAACUCUAACCUUUCAUGUCAUGUGUAAACCGGUCAAGAGUCAAGUCUAUUCUAACCUUUCAUGUCAUGUGUACACCGGUCAAGAGUCAAGUCAACUCUAACCUUUCACAAUGUGUUUUCUACCAUUACCGUUACGGUACCUUUUUUUUUUUUUUACUUACCAUUUAUGUCAAUCUGACUGAGGAAAAGAAAAAGGAAACCUUAAAAUAUUUGAUCAAAUCAACUUGACCACACUUUAAAUUUUAAUUAAAUUAGUUUAUUCUUUUAAAACGUGACCAUGGAAACAUUUCAAACACUGACCAUUCACCAUUCAUUCUCAUGCUGUACAAAUGUGGCGUUUAAAACUUUUUAUUUUAAACAUUGUUAAAUUUUUUUUAAAUAUAUUUUUUUUUAAUAUAUUUUUUUUUUUAAACUUUGUGUUUCUCAACAUUUUUCUUAGAGCCCCGCCUCAGAUUUCUUCCAAGUCACCACAGACUGCGUCAUAGAACUUCGUAGACCGAUAGACUACGAAAUGGGGAUCACUGAGCUUUAUCUCAAUGUUACAGUCAUAGUAAAGUUUCCUUGUUUGUUUCUUCAUUGUUCGCUGGUUUCCAUACAGAGACUGGAAGAGCUACAUUGUGAUCUGGGAACACUUAAAGUUUUCCACUUUCCAAUAAUUUGAUUUUCUUCUUUUUGUAUCGUCCGCUGAAGAGCGCGGUGUAGCCGAAACGUCCUUUUAAUUGUUCGUUCUUUUCAUUUCAAGCUUUUCAAGCCCAGGCAUAUCUUGUUCCACUAUUCAUUCACUUUACACGGCUUGAACUUGAAUGCAAUCACCCAUAUAUUAUUCAUUAUUUAAUUAAUGGCAUAGAGUCUGAAUAAAUAACCCUAAAGUAAAGUUGGUAGAAUGCUUUAAAAUUCACUAUUUCUUUUUGCUUAGGGCGCGGAAAAAAAAGGGGGGCGGGGGAGAGAGCAACGAAUCAUGAUCACUAAAAAACUAGAAAUAUGGCACUUACAAGAAAAUUGAUAGAACUAAAAGCCUGGCAUUUAUAUAAUAUUGAUAGUAAUUGGUCAAUUGAAGUCAACUGUAUAUUCUUGAAUGAAGCACGUAAUUCAAGGGGACAUUGACAGACAUGCGACCGAGGUCGCAACAUUUACAAGCAGAUCUACAUAUAUUUUAAAAAAUCUUAAACAGUUAUUUCGUUUCAUCGUAGACAUUAGGCGAAACAUUAGGGAAAUAUUGGGGAAACAUUGGGGAAAGCCUGAAAGUUAUUUCGUUUCAUCGUGGACAUUAGGCGUAUGAAGGUCGAAUCUAAGAUGACAGGUGUUCUCAAUUCAUAAAUCUAUACAUUGACAGGACAACGGAUUUCUAACGGCUACCACAUUGGUCAAGCUAAUUGUUGACAAUGUCAACGACGG